UGGAGGACGAAAGAGAGCAAGGGAGAGAUGGGAUGGGCGAAAUGUGAGGGUGUAUGAUGAUGAACAUAGCCGCCCGGGCUGCAGCUGUAAUGUCAACAUUGAUGUCACCUCCGAUCCGCGCACUCGUGCUUAUUUGCUCCCCGUGUGCCGAUGCAGAAGUACCGCUAGAUUGGAGACGAUCACAGAUCGAAGCAACCAUCACUAUGUGUGUGUGUGUGCGGCUGCGGGGUGACUAAUUUACGACUGGGAAACCCAGAAAAUUACUCAACGCCACUCCGACGUGCCCGGCGACCGGUUGGAUUCCGCCGAAGCGUACAAUUAGCCCUCUUGCCAGCACAUUGGUGUAAUGUUCCAUUGCGUCGGUCUACGAGGCUCGGCACCCCCGUCGCAAUGCCGUGGUAGAAGGAAAUGAAAGCCACACACACGCGCGCACAUCCCAUUCUUGUGUGUGUGUGACUAGCUGCGGAGUGGAAGUAGUAGAUAUUUACCUGCUAACGAGCAAUUACGACAUUGGGGAGACCUUUUGACACGUUGGCAGUGUCAGAUUUUCCAUUAAGAUUGCCGGAGAUGUUCUGGAAUGGUCGUGUCAGCUAGAUUAAUUUGGAUUAUUAGUAGCAAUACGAAAAAAAAAAUCAAUGGAAAACAAUACCCCGAUAACUUGCUAGAUUGAUUUAACCUUGAAUUCCAACAGUUGCAAAGAUUUACUAUAAACCUAGAAUCUUAAUAAUAGAGGAUUCUCAGAAACAUUUUGGAUUAGAUCAUUGAUUUUAGAUUUAUAGAUCAGAUUGAGGGCAGAUUGAUAGUGACUAGAGUAGAUGUAAGAUUGGGGCUCAAAAUUGCCGACAAGAGGAAUCACAGGGUACCAAAAUUUCAGGUUAAUAGUACUACAAAACAUUGUCCUUGACGAAGGACUAAAAGUUGUCCCUGAUGCUAUGAAGUUAUUAGCUUAUCACUUAGCACGGAUUUAGAAUGUCAGGGUCUAUCGUGGUCCAGAGGUGCCUGGAACCGUUAUCAACAUUUAUAGGACAUUGCUACAAUACAAUACAAGCUCUGGCAAAUGUGCACUUAGCGAUGCUUUCCGAUGUAUGUCCCAGAUUACCCUGCCGCCUAUUGUUUCCCGGCAGCUGGUAUCGAUUUUGUGCCACGUGCGUGACAUACUGUUGCAUCGGAUAAGGCGAUUGAUGGGCGAGGGAUAACAAUUAGUCGUGGCUAAUGACACGCAACGCAACGGGUCUCGAAUAACGGGCGCCAGCGGUAGGUCUUCCGUCAGUACUGUGCCAGCCAGCAAACCCCCUGGAUGGAGCAGCGCAAGCAGAAAGACCACCCGACCGGUCCAGAUCCGGGCAGGGUGCGCGGUCGCCGGCUCACCAAAACGAUGAAAGCGAUCAAGAAGGGCAAAGCGAAGGUAGCGCCCCGGCGGGAGUCAAAAGCGUCCUUCGGCACGUUGCGCCUGUUCCGGCGCAGCUUCAUCUUUCAGACGAAGGAGUUCUUCGACAACUCGACGCUGCACGGCGUCCGGUACAUUGCCGAGGAGGGCCGGCCGUUCUUCGAGCGGUUCAUGUGGUUCUGCUUCGUCGCGUUCGGCUUCAUCGCGGCGGUCGUGAUCAUCUUCAGCCUGUGGGAAAAGUUCCAAACCAACCCGACGAUUACCGGGCUCGAUACGGACUUCCACAACCAGCAGGUCAUCUUUCCGACGGUGCUGGUGUGCCCGACCGCCCCGUACGACGAGGACGCGGUACGGCGGGAGGCGUACGAAACGCUCGGCGGGUACGAGCAGGGCAGCGAGGUGUACGAACCGUUCCUGAAGCUGCUCACCCAGCUGUCGUACGACAACAUCCGCGAGGUGGCGGCAAUGCUGAGCGACAUGCCGAGCACACCAGCCCUGCGCACCUCCAGCCUGCGCGAGCUGGUGUUCCGGACGGCGGUCCGGUGCAAUGACACGUUCGCGGCCUGCCGCUACAAGGACGAGGAUAUCGAUUGCUGCGAGAUGUUCAAGCCGAUGUACACCGAGCAUGGGUUCUGCUAUGCGUUCAACGCGCGCUACACCAAUAACAAGCAGGUGGAAAUUCUCAACUCGGAGGUGUACGUGCUGUUCGAGACGGACAAGAAGUGGGCGCUGACGUUCGAGCCGCUCCGGGAGAGCAACAUCUUCGUGCACUCGUACAACGAAAUCUCGGGCUGGGACUUUCAGCCCCAGGUCAUGUGGGACAUCGACUCGAAGGUGGAGUUUCUCAUCUCGAUGAAGCAGACGUACACGACCGAGGACGCGCAGCAGCUGUCGAUCGGACAGCGGAAGUGCAUCUUCCCAGACGAGGAGAAACUCCAGUACUACCAGGACAAAUACACCUUUUCCGGCUGCAUGAAGGAGUGCCGGAUCUCGAAAAGCCUCAAGUACUGCAAGUGCGUGCCGCCGUUCUACGCGCCUGUCCGUACCAUCCCGAGCUGUACCACCGGCAACUUCCAGUGUCUGAGCGAGUACACCGAGAACAUCACCAGCAUCCACAGCUGCCAGGACUGUGAGCUGGGCUGUCUCAACACCGUGUACGACAUCGAGAAGUACUCCAAGAUCAUGAAAACGGAAGAGGAGCAGCAGGAGGCGCAGGUUACGAUCGAGUACCUGACCUGGCCCAUCAUUCGCUACAAGCGCGAGGUCUUGUUCGGGUGGGUCGAUUUGCUCGUCUCGUUCGGCGGUAUUGCGGGACUGUUCCUGGGCUUCAGUCUGCUGUCCGGCGUCGAGUUCAUCUACUUCUUCACGAUGCGCGCGUUCUGCAUGCUGUACAAGAACCGGGACGAGCUGGAAGCGAUCGAGCGGGAGCAGGUAAUCAAAUCGCUGAGCCGCCACGAGCUCGGCCUCAAGCCAGUCGCGGCCCCGGCGGGACCACCGGUGGUGCCGACCGGAGACACCCUGCCCGUGUACGAUACGGUCACCCUGCCACCGUCCGCCGACAAGCAGCAGGUGUUUGUGAAGCUGAUCACUAACGACUACAAGUCGGCCCUGCAGUACCAGGGGACCGAUCCGGCCUCCUACCCGGGCCUGAACCGGAACCGGCUCAAUCAGCUCCACAACCAGGGCACCAGGAAGCACAAUCUGUUCCAGCUCGGGCACGCCAACUACGCCGGCAGUAAGUACGCGGAGAAAAAGGUAACACAGUACGGUGGCGAUGGUGGUGGUGGUGUCGGGGGUGGAUAUAUUUACGACGGUUACUUGCCGUAAAAGCGGGGAGGAACCGACUCUGCGUUGUUUGCAUCUGUUUGCCAGAGAUAACUUUGAAGAUUCUGGAAUUUCAACACAGCAAACAGAAAAGAUUUUGGUGCAUCUUAAUUAAGGGAACGUGGGGCAAAAUGGUCACCUGCACUAUUGGCAAAUUAACACGUUUGAAUGAAUUAUUUCAAAUGAUUGAACAACAUGAAAUCCAGUUGUUCAAGCACACCGUGAAUUUUUCAUGAACUAAUAAAUCAGCAAAUAAAGUUUUAAUUCAAAACGAUUUAAUUUUCACUGUCUCGAAAAAAAAGCUUUCGUAAGAAUUUAGCAAAUAGUUAUAGAAGAAAAAUGAUGUCUAUCGAGGCACAAGACAUGUAUCUAUGAUUAAAGUAAAAAUCUAACUGUUUUAAUUUAAUGCAUUUUUUACGUUAAAGUUUGUGAAAUGUUUCAGCUUGGGGCAAAAUCGGCGGCUUUUUUGACUGGAGCUAAAUGACGAGGCUAUGGUGUAAAAAAAGGUCGCUACAAUAUAUUUGUUUUACAUAAAUAAAACUAUGCUGUAUGUAUGUAUACUCUUUCGAUAAGAAAAAUGACUAUCAAGACGUGCAUUAGUAAAAUAUUCCAGCUAAUUAAUUGUAUGUAUAAGUUAACAAAACACUUAAAUAGAGAUCGAAGUGUUGUAAUCUUUAGCCUGACAAUUCUACCUAGAUGGUAGAACAUAAACCAAAGCCUAAAGUCCAACGUUGCCCCUUUGUUUUGAUGUGUUUUGAAAUUUAGUUUAUGACCAUUUUGCCCCAUAGCGAGAGCAUUUUACCCCGCACAAUUCGUUUUCCUGACUUUUGUUGAUUUUUAAAUUUCAUUUUAUACAUUUAAUUAGUUUAUAAUAUGCCUACUACAAUUUUUUC